CACACAGAAAUGAGAGAAACGCUCAACAGGUGUCAUCAGCGUAGUUUUCGAUCGAUUGCUGUAAUUAUAAACACUUCAAUUCUCCCUUAACCUCACCCAAUGAAAAAAUGUUUUGGCCAUCAAUCCCCGAAUUUUGUACUGUGGGGAGUCUUGCCCCGGCUGCGGUGAGUAUCCAGCCCCGUAUAUCUCUAUAAGGGCAUGUGCGAGUCCCGCUGCUCUCCUUUUCUAUUACUUUCGUUUUUAACUUCCUUCUUAACUUAAUGUUCACACGGCCUCGAACUUUCUGCCAAGUUCGUGUUUCGGAAUAAAAACACCCGUUUCAGAGCUCUGUUGUCACCCGCAGUACCUGUUUUCAGACCGUCUGGAGUCUCUCUCACAGCAAAAGAAAUGGAUUUUCAGAGGCUGCUGUUGGAGGUAGGGAAGGCCAUGUGCAAGGACGAAGUAAAAGCGUUAAAAUUCCUGUGCACCGACUUCCUGGGCCGAAACCCAAACUCUAUAGAGUCGGCCAAUGACCUCUUCUCUCGUCUGGUGGAACAAGACUGUCUCUCACCAGAGCAGCCGCAACUGUUGAUAGAGCUUCUGCUCAUCAUACAACGCCCUCGUCUGGUCCGUGACCUCAAUCUGAAUUACAGAGAAUCUACAACCAGUGGGCUCAUUUCCCCUUACAGGAAGCUACUGUACAACCUGUAUGAGGAGAUGACUGAUGAUGACCUGAAACAUGUGAAGUUCUUGUUAAACCCAACACUCCCACGCAGAAAACUGGAGGACCAUAUUACUAUGCUGGAAAUCUUCCUGGAGAUGGAGCACAUGGACCUCAUCAAUGACACUAACUUAAUCGAACUGGAGAACAUUUUUAAGUCAGUCUGUCCCGUGCUGAAAGAGAAGAUCUACCAGUUCAAAGCACAGCAUACGUUCCAGUCACAGGCCCAGAGCCCGAUUAAUUCUUUCAACUUCUCUGUGGAUGCCUUGCCUGUUCGAGAGCAACGUGUGACUCCACCUCAUACACUGAGCGGCUCAAAUGCUGAAACAAGCAAAAGUGUCCAAAUGUGCAGUGAUGCCUCAGCAUGGCUGCUGUCUCAGGAAAACAAGACCUCCCCUGAAAAACAGACGUCUCAGAAAACAAACACAAACAGUGAGGUUUUGGCAGUGUAUCCCAUGACUGCAGCACAGAGAGGAAUCUGCUUGAUCAUAAACAACUACAACUUCUCUCAAUGCUAUGGCAAAAAUCGGGAGGGGACGUUGACUGAUGAAAAGUGUCUCCAGGAAGUGUUUGGCUGGUUGGGCUUUGCUAUCGAAAUAUGGAAUGACUGUACAAGUGAGGAGAUGCUGUCUGUGUUGCGGGAGCUCAGCAGCAGGGACCACAGCCAGAUGGACUGUAUGGUUUGCUGUAUUCUGAGCCACGGCCAGGAGGGAACGGUUCAAGGUGUAGAAGGCAAAGGAGUCAAGCUCAAAGACCUGACGCAGUCUUUAAAUGCAGUCAAGUGCCCUUCUUUGGCAGGAAAGCCCAAGUUGUUUUUUAUCCAGGCUUGUCAGGGUGCCGACAAGCAAAAGGCUGUCCAAGUAGAGGCUGACGGCCCUGCAUGCAGUCGUCUCGAUGCUGUUAAAGGGAAAAACUCCAUCCCAUGUGAUGCUGAUUUCCUGCAGGCAAUGGCCACCAUCCCUUUCUUUGUCUCCUACAGAGAUAAGAAGAACGGCAGCUGGUUUAUUCAGUCAUUGUGUCAACACCUUGUCCAAAUGGUGCCCAAGGGAGUUGACCUCAUGUCUAUCCUGACUCAGGUGAAUGCAGAUGUCAGCCAAAAGACCGAUGACACGGGUGCAAAAAAGCAAAUGCCUCAGCCAGCCUUCUCACUCAGGAAGAGAGUGGUCUUUCCGAUUCCUGAAGUUCCUCCACCCAGCCUGCCCUCCUUUUCACAAAGUGAUCCCUGAAGAAAAAAAAAACCUGCUUGUUGACGCCUCAUCUAAAUGUGAUUAUAAGUACUGAGGCAGUUUCCUGCCUCGUUUUAAUAUUUGUGGCAUUGCCAAAGUUACAUACAAAAAUGAAUAAAUACCUCUGUAAUGUUUGCAUUAAAAUGUUCUGUUCAUUGUCAAACA